ACAAAACAGUCCUGUUUCAGAGGCUUCUCCUGGUUGAUCUGGGCUGCUGUCCUCUGUAGAUAACCUGAGUGUGUUCCUAAUUGUGAUCUAGAACCCGCCUAGUCAAGGUGUGCACCAGACACCAGCACCACUGGCACCACCUACGAGCGUGUUAAAAAGUCUCCCUCUGGACUUACCGAGUCAGGAUCUGCUUUCUCAACAGGCAUUUAGGCUGUCGUGCCCUUUUGACCUUUGCCUUAAAAAUGAAUCCAGUUGUUUCCCAGCCAAGAUAUGGUGCAGGGGCCACGGCUAGUGACUGGCAAACCGGCAUGUUUGACUGCUGUGAUGACAUGGGAGUUUGCCUCUGUGGGGCUUUUUUCCCCCUGUGCCUUUCAUGUCAGAUCGCCUCUGACAUGAACGAAUGCUGCCUGUGUGGAGCAAGCGUCGCCAUGAGGACCAUGUACCGGACCCGAUAUGGCAUCCCGGGAUCUAUUUGUGAUGAUUUCCUAUGUAUGACGUUUUUCACUCAUUGUGCCCUUUGUCAACUCAAGCGAGAUAUUGAAAAAAGAAAAGCAAUAAAUGCUUUAUAAAAGGUGCUUGGUCAAAUUCACUUUGUGGUAAAAGAAAAUACUGGAAUGAAAUCCUGCAUCGAUUCAGUGCAAUCUCAUUUCGAAUCUUAGAAAUUAAUUCAACUAAUCAUACAGUUUCAAAUGGCUUCAAAACAUUUUUAAUUUCUGGUUUAUUUUGAAAGAAAUGUAUUUCCAAUACGGUUUUCCAAGAUGAUUGCCAUUAAAAAAUUAAUUUUGUCAACAA